AGUGCCGCCCCGCUGCAGGGACGCCCGGGCCGCGCCAGUGCUCCGGCGGGUCGGGCCAUGGAGGCGGAGCCGCCGCUCUACCCGGUGGCGGGCGGCGCGGGGGCGCAGGGCGAUGAGGACAGGCUCGGGGUCCCCGAUGGGCCCGCGGCCCCGCUGGACGAGCUGGUGGGCGCCUACCCCAACUACAACGAGGAGGAGGAGGAGCGGCGCUACUACCGCCGCAAGCGCCUGGGCGUCCUCACCAACGUGCUGGCCGCCAGCACGGGCGGCACGCUCACCUACGGCGUCUACCUGGGCCUCCUGCAGAUGCAGCUGAUUCUGCACUAUGAUGAGACCUACCGCGAGGUGAAGUACGGAAACAUGGGGCUGCCUGACAUCGACAGCAAGAUGCUGAUAGGCAUCAACGUGACCCCUAUCGCGGCCCUACUCUACACACCUGUGCUCAUCAGGUUCUUUGGCACCAAGUGGAUGAUGUUCCUGGCUGUGGGCAUCUACGCCCUCUUUGUCUCCACCAACUACUGGGAGCGCUACUACACGCUCGUGCCCUCCGCUGUGGCCCUGGGCAUGGCCAUCGUGCCUCUUUGGGCCUCCAUGGGCAACUACAUCACCAGGAUGGCCCAGAAGUACUACGAGUACUCCCACUAUAAGGAGCGGGAUGAGCAGGGUCCUCAGCAGCGGCCGCCAAGGGGCUCUCAUGCGCCCUAUCUCCUGGUCUUCCAAGCCAUCUUCUAUAGCUUCUUCCACCUGAGCUUUGCCUGCGCCCAGCUGCCCAUGAUCUACUUCCUGAACCACUACCUGUAUGACCUGAACCACACGCUGUUCAACGUGCACAGCUGCGGUACCAACAGCCAGGGCAUCCUCAGCGGCUUCAACAAGACGGUCCUGCGGACGCUACCGCGGAGCCGAAACCUCAUUGUGGUGGAAAGCGUGCUCAUGGCGAUGGCCUUCCUGGCCAUGCUGCUGGUGCUGGGCCUGUGUGGCGCCGCGUACCGGCCCACGGAGGAGAUCGACCUGCGCAGCGUGGGCUGGGGCAACAUCUUCCAGCUGCCCUUCAAGCACGUGCGCGACUUCCGCCUGCGCCACCUCGUGCCGUUCUUUAUCUACAGCGGCUUCGAGGUGCUCUUUGCCUGCACUGGGCUCGCCCUUGGCUAUGGCGUGUGCUCCGUGGGGCUGGAGCGCCUGGCGUACCUCCUCGUAGCCUACAGCCUGGGCGCCUCAGCCUCCUCUGUCCUGGGCCUGCUGGGGCUGUGGCUGCCGCGCUCGGUACCCCUGGUGGCGGGGGCCGGACUGCACCUGCUGCUCACUCUCAGCCUCUUCUUCUGGGCCCCCAAGCCUCGGGUCCUGCAACACACUUGGAUUCUCUAUGCAGCAGCUGCCCUGUGGGGUGUGGGCAGUGCCCUCAACAAGACCGGGCUCAGCACACUCCUGGGAAUCCUGUAUGAGGACAAAGAGAGACAAGACUUCAUCUUCACCAUCUACCAUUGGUGGCAGGCCGUGGCCAUCUUCACUGUGUACCUGGGCUCCAGCCUGCCCAUGAAGGCUAAGCUGUCGGUGCUGCUGGUGACGCUGGUGGCGGCCGCGGCCUCGUACCUGUGGAUGGAGCAGAAGCUGCGGCGGGGCGUGGUCCCGCGCCAGCCCCGCAUCCCGCGGCCCCAGCACAAGGUGCGCGGCUACCGCUACCUGGAGGAGGAGAACUCAGACGAGAGCGACGCGGAGAACGAGCGCGGCGGCGGCCGGGGGGACGGCGUGGAGGAGGAGGCGCCGCCCGCGGGGCCACGGCCCGGCCCCGAGCCGGCCGGCCUCAGCCGCCGGCCGUGCCCCUACGAACAGGCGCUGGGGGGCGACGGGCCGGAGGAGCUGUGAGCGCCCAGCUGCUCCCGGCCUCAGUUUCUCCGUGGCUCGGGUCGGGGACCCCUCCGACUCCUGCGCAAUCUUCAGGAGGGACCCUGUGCGCGUCCCCCGACAUCUCCCCAUGUUAGGGAGGGCCCUCCCGGAGCCCGGGGCCACCAGGAGCUUGGCUUCCGUCCCGCAGCCCCCUCCUAAGCGGGGUGGGGCCUGGAGACCCCUGGGCCAAGCCUAGGGUUCCAGCGACGGCACAGCCGACCUCUCCCCACCCCAGGGGGCGCUCCCUACGACGACGCUUUCCCCGGGCCCCCCGCCCCCCGCACGUGCCGCGGCCGCGAGCAGGGCCGGGGUCCUCCUGCCGCACCCCUCCCCCGAGUCCCGCCCCGGCUCGGCCACAGCCCUGGCCGAACAGGUCGCGCGCUUUGCACAUCCGAUCCCUAUGGUCUGCCACGAAGCGCGACUUUUUAUGGAAAAUGAGCAAUAAAGAGAUUUUGUAUUUUCCUGCC